CCCUGUUGAGGAGGACAAAGAUACAAAGAUAAUCUCAAAGGAUGAGAAAGGUCGCACUGCUAGCAGUUCUGGUAGAAACUUUUGGGUGAGUGGACUGGCUUCCACUACCAGAGCUACAGAUUUGAAGAAUCUGUUUAGCAAAUAUGGGAAGGUGGUAGGUGCAAAAGUGGUUACCAACGCUCGCAGUCCUGGUGCUCGCUGUUACGGCUUUGUUACGAUGUCUACAGCUGAUGAAGCAACAAAGUGUAUUACUCACCUCCACAAAACAGAGUUACAUGGGAAAAUAAUUUCUGUAGAAAAAGCAAAAAAUGAACCUGCUGGAAAGAAGCCAAGUGAAAAAAAAGAGAAUGAAGCAAAGAAAGAAACAGUCAGUGAGAGAACUGGCAGUGUUAAAAGGGAUGAGAAAUCUGACCAGAAAGAUGAUCCUAAAAAGACAGAAGACAAAGAUGAAAAGGAAAAAAAAGAUAAAGAUGAAAUGAAGUCUGGUUCAUCAGAUCAACAUAAAACUAUUAAGUCAGGAAAUAAAGGAACAGAGCGAACAGUGGUAAUGGAUAAAUCCAAAGGAGAACCUGUUAUUAGUGUGAAAACAUCAACUGCAUCAAAAGACAGAAGCAUUAAGAGCCAGGAUCGCAAAUCAGAGAGCAGAGAGAGACAAGGCAUUGUGCCAUUUGACAAAAUUAAAGCACAGCGAAAAAUGAGGGAGGCAGAGCAGCGCCGCACACGUGAGCGUCGGGAGAGACAGCAGCACCUGCAGACUAUUCGGGAACGAGAAGAAAGAGAAAGGCUUGAGAUUGCUCGUGAGAGACUGGAAAUUGAAAGGCAGCGUCUUGAACGAGAACGGAUGGAAAGAGAAAGACUGGAAAGAGAACGAAUGCACAUAGAACAUGAAAGGAGGAGAGAACAAGAUCGGAUUCAGCGAGAAAGAGAAGAGCUGCGACGCCAGCAUGAGCAGCUGCGCUAUGAACAAGAACGUCGGUCUGCAAUGAGAAGACCAUAUGACAUAGAUGGCAGGAGAGAUGACCCGUACUGGCCAGAGGCCAAGCGAAUGGCAAUGAAUGAUAGGUACCAUUCAGAUUUCAGUCGCCAGGAUCGCUUCCAUGACUUUGAUCACAGGGAUCGUGGCCGUUAUCAAGACCAUUCGAUAGACAGGAGAGAUGGAUCAAGGACAAUGAUGGGAGAUCGGGAUGGACAACAUUAUCCAGAUGAGCGCCAUGGAGGCCCAGACCGUCAUUCACGGGACUCUCGGGAAAGUUGGGGUAGCUAUGGAUCUGACAGAAGAAUGAGUGAAAGUAGAGGGAUACCCCCACAGUCACGGGAUGGACGUGACUGGGGAGAUCAUGGUCGGAAGUUUGAAGGACAUCAAGAUCGUUCAUGGCAGAGCAGUGUGGAUGGAGGAAUGAUGGGACGGGAUCAUGAGAGAUGGCAAGGUGGAGGUAGAGGCCGACCUGGCCAUGUGAUACAUCGUGGAGGCAUGUCGGGGCGUGGAGGUUUCAUGCAAGGUGGCAACCAAAGUCAGAUGAUGCAUGGAGGAGGAAUGCAAGAAGGAUUUGCUGGCCAGGAGAGAGCAAACAGACCUAAUGAUCCUCGUUUCAACCGUCGCUACUGAAUGUGUUUUAAUUUUUAAUGCAAGGUGGCAACUGAAAUGAAUCUGUUACCCAGGGUUACCAUUAAUUGUAACUUACGGGUUACUGUAAGUGGUUUUGGGGGGUUUUUUUUAAGCUGCUGCCAUAUUAAGUCACUCAAUCCAAUGUGAACUCAUUAGUUUUGUAAUGUGUUGUUCAUAUCCCAUUUAAAAUGUUUGUUAAUGAAGCAUUCCGUUUUCCAUAAAUAAAAGCCAGUUUACAGUUAA